AUGGCGCCCACGCCACCUAAUUUCACGGAGUGGCCUGCUGACGAUCAUGGCAAAGUGUUGCUGCACCUCAACGUCGGAGGGGCGGUGGACGAGGUGUAUCAAGACAUAUUCGGGGUCCAGAGCGCCCUCCAGUUCGCAUGGGUGACACCGCCCCUCGACGCCGAUGCACUGCGCACCGCCACGGCAGGCGCGACGCGCAAGGUCAACCUGGCCCCCAUGAUUCCUCCGCCCAACCCCGCUGCCCGCGGCUCGCUCCCCUCUGGCGCCCUGCCCCCACACCCCCUCUCCCAGCUCCGUUUCGACGCCCCCGCGGGCGCCAUGGGCAGCUUCUCCAGCGAGGAGGUGCAGCUUCUGCUCGCGCACCGCCCCGGCAGCCACUACGCCGUCGAAUCGGAGGUCUUCACCACCGCCAUGUACGGCGACAAAUUUGCGGUGCUCACGCGCGCCACGCUGGCCGCGCGCGGCCCCCGGUGCUGCGUGCUGCACAUCGUGUACACUGUGGCGGAUUCGGGGCUCCCCUGGCUGGUGCGGCCCAUGGUGAUAUCGGGAGUUGAUGGUGAGCGGCGGCCAGCAGUGCCAGAGGCGGUUCUCUAG